AAAAUUAUUAUUGCGUUAGUCUUCUUCAUACAUUACGUUUUAAACCAUAGUAAUUUAUAGAAACAAAUUUAAAGUAUUUUUUCUAAGUGCAUAUAAGCUGAAAACAGUAAAUUAUAAUAAUUCCAGAAAUAUGACCAACGCGCAAACGGAUAAUACAAAAACAGUACCAUUGGCACCCCCUUCUGAUCAGCAGCAAUGGACACUGAAAAAUCCGAUUCCUUUGAUGUUAGAAAUAUUUAUCAUCUUUCAAAUGUUCUUUGUUACGUUAUUUUUCAAGAUGUUCAGAGUGUUUCUGCCAUCGUCGAAAAAAUCUGUCAAGGGAAACGUCGUAUUGAUCACGGGUUCGGGAAGAGGACUUGGCCGUCAAUUAGCCUUAGAGUUUGCCCAACUCGGCGCUAAGAUAGCGUGCGUCGAUGUGGAUCAGACAAGCAACGAAGAGACGGUCAAACUCAUCGAGUCCAAGAUUCCGGGUGUGUCAGCCAAGGCAUACACGGUUAAUGUAGCAGUUAGCUCUGAAACGGCCGCACUGGCCGUCAAGGUUGAGCUUGACCUAGGUCCGGUGGACAUACUCAUCAACAACGCGGCCGUCAUCGUCGGUCACACGUUCCUGGGUGCCCAGGACCACACGAUUUCUACCAUCAUCAACAUAAACCUGCUCGGACAAUUUUGGAUGAUACGCUCGUUCUUGCCAAGUAUGAUGAAGAGGAAUAGCGGUCACAUUGUAGCCAUUUCGUCAAUUUCGUCUCUUAGUGGUGAGGCUAAGCUAUCGGCUUACUCGGCUAGCAAAUGGGGUAUUAAUGGAAUGAUGGAAAGUCUAAGAGAGGAACUCCGGGAGCAUUCACACAAUAAAAUCCAUACCACUGUUGUGAUACCACGGUUAAUUAAUACGAGUGCUGAUUAUAUGAAGUCCAUCAACAGCAGGUUACCGGUGUUGAGUAUUGAAUAUGCCGCUAAAUCUACGGUCCACGGAAUUUUGGCAAAUGAGGUUGAAUUUACUAUUCCUCGCAUAACAUAUUUUUCAAAUGUUAUUCGAAAACUCUUUCCCGUAAAUAUUUCUGAUUCGAUAAAAAAUAUUUUUUAUGUAAAAAUCACGUUACCACCACGAGAAUACCAAGACAAUCUGCCUAAUAUGUCGAUCAUUAAUCGAACUCUAGCUACUAACUAAAAACAGCGUUUGUAUGAUGUGUGUUUGUUUUUAAUUUAUUUAUUUUAAAAUAAUAUUAUAUCUUGUUGUUAAUCAAUGAAUCACGCCGUACUUAUUUUGAAGUUACAGCUGAUAACGUAUAUUUUAAACGAUUUUGUUUUAAUUAAAUUAUAUAAAUCCAAAUUACUUAAUUAAAUUUGCUGAUCUGUACACAAUUUUAUAGUUAAA